AUGGCGAACAGAGAGCUGGAGCACGAAAUCAAAGAAGCGUGGAAGGCACUGGACAAGGACAAAGAUGGCGUCAUUUCAGCAUCUGAUCUUCGUCACGUGCUCACCACUGUCGGAGAGAAGCUGACGGAAGAGGAGAUCGUGGCGUUGCUGCAGGAGGCCGACGCUGACAAGAACGGCAAGAUCAAGUUCGAUCACUUCCUCCAGGUCAUGCUCGCCAAGUGA